UGAUUCUGCUGACAGAGUAAUCCACAAUGACAUUCAUAGAAUAAAAUUUGUAUCAGGUUUUCUUACCCAGCACUGAAGACCACAUCGUAGUACUCAGCCGCCACCAUGAGAGGGGCCAUGAUAUUGCUUGUGCUCUCUGCUUUGUUGCUCUCCACAGAGGCCAAAUAUGGUUUCUCUUCUCUGUAUAACAUGGUGUUUGGUCGACCAGGUUGUAACAACGGAUGCGGUGCCUUUUCCUGCUGUACACCUGCUAGGUCUUGCUCAUUUGUUGAUCCUAUAGACUUUGACAUUUCCGAGUUCUCUCCCUUCAUGAAUGUAUUGUUCACCGUAGCCACUGCAGAAGUCUACAGGAUAGACAACGUCUGCUACUCAUUUCUUGUAGACGAUGACGGUAACUCAGCAUUUUCAAGAUCAAUAGUUUUUGAAGAUGGCACCAGACAAUUGAAAACUUUUGAGGCCAAUGGUGUGGCAGACAAUGUCUUUAAUGCUCAAGGUGGCCCAUGCAGAUUUGAUUUUGAAGUGACGGCUAUUAUUCAAGAACUCGAAUGCCUGACCAGUCCCAUAUAUAUAGUAAACCGCUGCUUCUGCAAUGACUGUUGCAACGAAGACUCUAUGGUGAUCGCUUUAACCUGCAACGUGAAAGUCGGUCAGAAAUGUAUGGACAGAGCAAUCGAAGUCGCUUCCGAACAAUUCCCAUGUUAUAUAUUCCGGAAAAUGCCAAACUUAUUAUUGCAAAGUUGCGUUUCACCUUUGAACUGCUCACCGUACCUUCCCGAAUCGGCUGUAUUUAUGUGCAUGUAAAACUGCCAACUGCUUUUUGAGUACUGUUACUUUUAUAGUGAUAAUUUUGUAGAUUAUGUUUGUUAUCUACAGAUAUAUUCUGACUAAAAAUAUCCUUAAUUGCAAUAUAAUGAACUAUGUAAUUACUCGUACUUAUAUACCAACAAAUUACCAGUUAAUCUUCUAAGUAGCUAUGUGUGACUAGUAAUGUGAGACUAGAUUUAAUGUCGUUGUAAAUAUCCUUUUUUCCAGUAACACAACGUUUUUUUCAAAAGCUGAAACGGAAAAUGGCAAAUCAAAUAUAUUAUCACACAACCUGGAGUUGUUCCAAAAAUUGUUUUAAACAUAUUAGUUAAUUAUUUUGUUAAAUCGUUACUAUCAAUGAUUUAAAAUCGAACCAGCUCUUUGUUGCUUAAUACGGUACUGUAACAAAUACAAAACCUGUUGAUGUUAACUACUGUACACUUACUUCUUAUAGUAAAUAUUUGACAUAAAACACAAUAUUCCAUUUUGAGUUCUUUGUAUUCAUAGAGUAUAUUUUUAUUUUAACAUUUAAGGGUCAUAUGCAAUUGACAUGGAUUUCAAACUAAAGAGAAUUAACAGCUUAAAGAAGAUUAAUAAAUGUUUGUUAUAUGGUUGCA